CUUUUUAUAGAACCCAUAUUCGUGGUUUAAAAAACUGAUGCUGCUGCAGUCUGCAUCCAAACAUGGCCCAUGGAGGAGGCAUCGGCUCGUCGGCUGGGCUGGAGGAGAAGCCAGUGGCCUGUGUGGCCAGCAGCACGGCCUUGGCCAUUAGGAACUCCACGAUAAUCGCCCAUCGGCUGUCCAUUUAUCUGCCCCAAUUGCUACUACCCUCGCGGGAUCCCCAAAAGCUCAUUACAGAAAUUAACUGUCAUGUGGCCCAAUUCCGGGAGAUGCUUAUCUUUAUAGGACAGGCCCGAGAUUCACCCGAGUUGCGGGAGAAGAUCAGGAAGCUGAGGCGGAACUGUGUGGAUGCCUGCAAGCACACCGCCCAUUUAAUCACUCCCCAGCCACGUCAUUGCCUGGGCAGUCCCAGUGAAAGGAUGCACUUGACCCUGCUGUAUCAUCUUACCCAGCAAUUUCAACAUGAACUCAUAAAAAGCCAUCGUUUGAUCCAACUGGUGCCACUGGACAUGACGGAAUAUUAUGCUCCCUCCCGCACUGCCCCAUCCAAUUUGGGCAACGUUAUUAGCCAAUUCCUGUUGUGCAAGCAAAUAAAUCCUGAUUUCCAGCAGGAGGAGCUGUGUAGCAUUGUCAAGGACUCUCAAGAGCUGGCCGAACUUUUGGAGGAGCUACAGGCUCAAAUGCCCUUGACAGAAGCAUCCCCAGAAUCCGAACUGGAUCCAGCACAGAAAUGUGAAAGUAGUCUCGUAUCCCUCAACACUCCAGUUUGGUAUGCCCGCCAGCGAAGAAAGAGUUGCAAAAGUCGAAGCCGUAGUCUAUGUUGCUGUCUGGACAAAAAUCGAGGGAAAACUUUUUAAUAGAGUUAUCUUUAAACUUAAAUUAUCUAAAUAUAUUAAGUUCCAAAAAUAGACAAAGUUCCCUUAACUUAACCCAAUAGGUUAAUAGGUUUAUUAGAAACUAAAGAUAUGUCAUGUCAUUUUUGGAAAGGAAGUGAAGAACUGUCAAUUCUAGAAAAUUGUGACUUAACACCCCUAAACAAGUCAAGAAAUCAGUACUGGCAGUGCUCGAUGAUAACGAAACAACUUCGGGACACGAUGAAAUGUAUUCCCAGAAAUGAUAAUACCGGCGUUGUGGAACACCAAAAACAGACCCAAGGCAAUAACCGUAAUGAAAGCGAUUUAAAGAUACACAAACCAGAAAUACAAAUGAAGAGUUGGCGUUUUCUCGUUUCGAGGAAUCCCAAAAAGAAUGAUGAAAUCCGAAAUCUGUGCCCCUUGCGUGGGACAAAGGGUGAUAAAUUCACCGAGAGCAGGUGAAAUCCCGCUUUACGAUGGCUAAACAAGAUGUCAUAUGUUUAUGGGCGAGAAUCCCCAGAAGCCUUAAGAGUGUUUGUCGACCAUUUAGCAAAAGCAGGUGAUGUCGGCUUUGGAGCGGCGUCGUCCAGACCACCUGGUAGCCAUAAAUGCUGAUUAGAUUCCGGCUUACACCGCGGGCCUCCCGUAGUUGAACAAUGGCACCCAGGUCGAGCGAAGCGCGAUUCCGUGACUAGCUGAUAACAAGCCUUGACGACAAGACACCUCGAAUUAAUUAGAAUACAUUUGCUUUGA